UAAACUACAACAAAAAGUUACUCAAUAAUUUUUUCAAAAAAAAAAAAAAAGAAUCUCAAAAUCUUAUCUGAAUAAAUUAUUGUCAAAUCUAAUCUCCUUUCGUCUUACCUUCCACGUGUGUUGUCAAAUCCCGAAAUCACUUCCAAUCGAAAUGUCGAACGAAUUCAAAGAACGUCUCGCAACUUCAAAAAUCGGAUUUAUCGGCGGAGGUAAUAUGGCAUUCGCCAUUGCCAAGGGUCUCGUCGAUUUUCGUGUCAUAGAUGCCGUCACUGCUGUUUCCGGGCCACAUUUGGACAAACUUCAGGACAAUUGGAGUCGCAUGACAAAAACUUGCACAACCGAAAACUGGGAAGUCGUUCAGCAGUGUAACGUUAUCUUUUUGUGCGUGAAACCGCACAUGCUGACCGCCGUCGUGAACGAACUCAAAUCUCACUUUAACAAAUUCGUGUUGCCCGAUAAACUUUUUGUUUCCGUUCUCGCGGGCACUUCAAAACUCAAAAUUUACGAUGAUUUUGGGAUUUCGCCGCCGCAAUUGCGUGUCGUGAGGAUGAUGCCCAAUACGCCUGUUCAGGUAGGCGAAGGAUGUUGUGCCGUCGAAAUAAAUUCAGCUUCCGAAGACCCGCAAGGCGAUGCGCUUUUCGUGAAUUGUCUCAUGGGACAUUUGGGCACGUCGGAAAUUGUUCCGCCCGAGCAAUUUAAUGCUCUUGGAGCUCUUUCGGGUUCGGGACCGGCUUAUAUUUUCACCGUGAUCGACGCGUUGGCAGAUGGCGCCGUCAAACAGGGCAUUCCAAGGGCGCUGGCGAUCAAAUUUGCAUCGCAAACUGUUUGUGGUGCCGCAAAAACGCAACUUGUUACGGGAAAACAUCCCGGAGUACUUAAAGAUGAGGUUUGUUCGCCCGGAGGCACGACAAUUUGCGCCAUUCAUGAACUCGAAAAGGGCGGUUUGAGAGCAACUUUCAUCAAUGCGAUUGAAGCUGCAACGAAGAGAUCGCAGGAAAUGGUCCCAAAGAAGUAAAUUGAAGCCUCGUUUUGAUAAAAAGAGGGAUUCAAGAAAAAUUUAAUGAAAGAGAAUUAUAAAAAAAGUAAAAAAAAAAUAUUAAAAGGCAAGUGAAAUUUUAACAAAUGUUUCAUUUAAAAAAAAAAUUAACGAAUUUUAUCCCAAUUAUUUUUUACGAAUUUUUUUUUGUUAAAUUUUUAUAUUUUAUCGAUUAGAAUAUUUCUAAUUUUUUUUUCUAUAUUUUAAUUUUACAAAAAAAAAAA